AAGCGUGAGCCCCCGCACCUGGCGGGUGGCGCAGUAUUAUGGGCAGUGGUGAGGGCUUCCUGGAAGAGGCAGGCUUGGAAGGAAAGAUUGGAAGCUGAGUUAUUGAGAAGACGGUUUUCAGGGAGGUUGAUGCUAAAUAUUGUUGCUGUCUCAAUUCCUGCACCCCAAUGAAGCCUUUGGCACUGUUCCUGGCUCAGAUAUGGAAAAGGAGCCAGGCCGUAGGGGUGGGAGAUGUGCAGAGAUGUGCAGCUUCUUGAGAGAAAAAGGUAUCUGAGACUCCACCUGUGCUGGGGGAGGGAUGGGCCCUGCAGACCCCGCUUCUCUGGCCCUGCUGGUCUGCAGCUGUUGGCCUGGCCUGGCAGCCCCAGUGGCAGCCAAAGGCCAGGAACCAGGAGGAAAAGCAGAAAUGGGACAGUCUCAGAAGAAACUGGAGCUUCCCACCAAAAGCUGGAUGUUUGUUUGCUGCAGGCCAGAUGCUGUGCUGAGCCUGAGGACACAGUCUCUGCCCUCAGAGGACUCCACGUUCCAUUAGAGGAGACAGAAAUAGGAUCAAACUCACAAUGGUGUUAGAGUAUGAAGGGUUCUGCAGCUGUAGGCCCAGCUACAGGGACAGCAGAGACUCAGAAAGGUGUAUGCCAAGGCCCUUUUGAGCUGGAGACCCCAGGAGAGGGAGGGAAGGAGGAGUCAGAGGAAGGGAUGCUGGUAACCAAGUCAUGAAGCGACGUGAGAAGGCUGGAAAGUAAGGAGUAAGGGGCUGAAGGAAGCAUCAGACACGGGUACUGAGGCAUUCCCAUGGGCCCUGCCCGCUCUGUGCCCCAGGGGCUGGGCGUGGAGAGCUGGAUGGUGGAACAGAGCCAGGGCCAAAGGCCAGCCAUAUUGGGUGUCAGGAGCCUGUUGCAUCUCCCAACCCCCAAAUUCUCUUCCACACAGCUGCUCCCUGGUUGCCUGUGAGUGCCCCAGAAAUGGCUUUCUCAGCCAGCCACCUGGUCUCCCCUCCCAUCUGUUUCCUCCUGCCCCAAGGACAGGCCCUGACUCCACUUUCCAGAAGCUUGACUGAAGAGAUCCUGUUUGACUUUGGUGCUCUGUCCUGGCGGAAGGCAGCCGUGGGGACAAGCAAGGUCCUAAAUUCUCACUGUUCCCUCUGCUCACUGCCACGAGCACCUGUGAAAAUAGAAAAAGCCAUGAAUUAUUAAACAUUGGCACUCCGUCUCUCGGCCUGCCUCCCUCCCCCACCUUGGACCAGGCAUGGCAGGCCCUGUGAGUUCCUCUUUCCAGGCUGGGAGGCAGCUGCUGAGUCACAGAUUUGAAGUCCUUGGUACCCAUGCUCCCUGCCUGCCUUGCUGACCUUGAGUCCUCAGCCUCAGGACAGCUCUGACCUGGCAACAGGAGGGGGGUCCUGCCUCCACCCCAGUUACCCCAAAGGUGACCUGACCCUGAUUCUGUGGACCCAGAGUGGCUGACAGUCAUGCCCUGGAGCUGAGAAUAGGACCCCACAGCCCUGCCAGACUUGCACCUAGCUGCGGAGCUGGGGAAGACUCUGCUGGAGAGGAAUAAGGAGCUAGAGGGGUCCCUGCAGCAGAUGUACUCCACCAAUGAGGAACAGGUGCAGGAGAUCGAGUAUCUAACCAAGCAGCUGGACACGCUGCGGCACGUGAACGAGCAGCACGCCAAAGUCUAUGAGCAGCUGGACCUGACAGCCCGGGACCUGGAGCUGACCAACCACAAGCUGGUGCUGGAGAGUAAGGCUGCCCAGCAGAAGAUCCACGGGCUGACAGAGACCAUUGAGUGCCUCCAGGCUCAGGUGGAAGAGCUGCAGGCCCAGGUGGAGCAACUGAGGAGCCUGGAGCAGCUGCGAGUGCUCCGGGAGAAGCGGGAACGCAGGCGUACCAUCCACACCUUCCCCUGCCUCAAAGAGCUGUGCACCAGCCCCCGGUGCAAGGAUGCUUUCCGCUUGCACAGUUCCUCCCUGGAGCUGGGCCCUCGACCUCUGGAGCAGGAGAACGAGCGGCUGCAAACCCUGGUGGGGGCGCUGCGCUCACAGGUGAGCCAGGAGCGGCAGCGCAAGGAGCGGGCGGAGCGGGAGUACACAGCGGUGCUGCAGGAGUACUCGGAGCUGGAGCGGCAACUGUGCGAGAAGGAGGCCUGUCGCCUGCGCGUGCAGGAGCUGGAGGCUGAGCUGCUGGAGCUGCAGCAGAUGAAGCAGGCCAAGACCUACCUGCUGGGCCCGGACGACCACCUGGCCGAGGCCCUGCUCGCACCCCUCACGCAGGCCCCUGAGGCCGAUGAUCCCCAGCCCGGCCGCGGGGACGACUCGGGUGCUCAGGACGGCGUCUCCUCGCCGGCCGCCUCCCCAGGCCACGUGGUGCGCAAGAGCUGCAGCGACACUGCGCUCAACGCCAUCGUGGCCAAAGACCCAGCCAGCCGGCAUGCAGGCAACCUCACACUGCACGCCAACAGCGUGCGCAAGCGGGGCAUGUCCAUCCUGCGGGAGGUGGACGAGCAGUACCACGCGCUGCUGGAGAAGUACGAGGAGCUGCUGAGCAAGUGCCGGCAGCACGGGGCCGGGGUGCGGCACGCCGGCGUGCAGACCUCGCGCCCCAUCUCCCGGGACAGCUCGUGGAGGGACCUGCGGGGGGGUGAAGAGGGCCAGGGAGAGGCCAAGGUGGGCGAGAAGAGCCUGAGCCAGCACGUGGAGGCCGUGGACAAGCGGCUGGAGCAGAGCCAGCCAGAGUACAAGGCACUCUUCAAGGAGAUCUUCUCCAGGAUCCAGAAGACCAAGGCUGACAUCAACGCCACCAAAGUCAAGACGCACAGCAGCAAGUGACCCUUGCCCGGCCUGCAGCCUCCCUCAGGGAGGAGGCUGUGGGUCCCUCAGGCCUGGACGGUGCAACCUCCAGAGAUCCAGCACCCGGCCACCGCAGCACGCCGCCCCCUGAUCCAGAAGCACAGCAUGUUCCCUGCUGAGUAGAGGCAGUCCACCAGUCCUGCCUCCCAGGAGCCCUUGGCCACCUCGCGCCAGCCCAAAGGCGCAGCUCAGAGUUCAAAGCCAAAUGUCCCCACUCCCCCAGGGAUCCCCCAGCUCCCCCAGCCCCCAGCUUCCUGACCCUGCGCCUCACCUUCAAGCUGGUGACCAGGCUUCUGAAAGCCAUUCUGGAUCAGUUGGCUUUUUUAAAUUUUUUGGUUACGUUUGUUUUUUCUAAGAGAUUUGCAAUGCAAGGUCUCCUUGACCCCUUGCCACAACUGGAAACACUUGAAAGGGGACCCCAGGGCCAGCUGUUUCAGGGGUUUCCUGGACCACCUACUGCUUCUCCCCAGCCCUGAUGCGCUGAUAUUUCCUUAGCACCAGCUGUCCACCCCCAGGGUCCUGACCAGGUCAGACAUGUCCCCUGUCAUGCAGAGCAGGAAGCCUCAGCUGGGCCCAGAGUGUCCCUGACCCAGCCCUGCCAAGGACAGGCUUCUCCCUGCAUACCCUGGGCCCACCGCAGAUCUGUAGCUAAUCAGAGGAGGAGGAGAAAGAGCCCCUCCACAGAGCAGUGCACUGUGUCCCUCAGAGCCGGCCUCCUCGGCUUCCAGCCCCAGAAAUCCCUGCCAGGCUUUAAGCCUUCCAAGGGCCAGGACAGUGGGGUGCCCCCAUCCCUUCAUACCGCCUCCAACUAACCGAGCUUGGCCUCUGCCUCUCCUCUCUGUGCUUGCCCCAUCUCAGGGACCAUGAUGUCUCAUUCACUGCACACUCCCCACAGGCCAACCCUGGCACAGGUCAUGUCUGCAGCCCCCAGAAUGUUCUGGACCUGCACUACCGGCCAGUGGUCCGUGUCCACUCCUGCCUCCCCUUCACUGGGGACUGGGAUUUUCACCCCAUGCUGCAUCGUGUUUAAUUGGGAUGGGGUUAAGGAACAUGUUCCCUCCCUCCCUUCCUCCCAUAUAUUGCCUGCUCUUAACCUCCCACCUUUGUGGGGGGCUUUUGAGGACCCAGCUGGGUCAGGGGUUUUGCUUCAAGAUGUCAGAGAGUCAAGGUUCAGCUUAGAGACACCCAGGUCCCCAGCUUGCCCUGAGCAGUCCUCCAGGGCUUCUAGUUCCUUCUACCGCCCUUCCUAAGACCCUAGAAACCAGAGGAGCCAUACAGUCAGCGGAAGGCAGGGGCCCUGGCCUCUGCACGGGGAGCCCAGUGGAAAUCUUCAUGCCUUAUUUAUUUCUAAUGGGUAAAGGGGUUUUCUUACCAAGCAUCCCUGACCUCCUGGAAACACCACCUGCUUUCUGGGUGGCACUGCGAUGGGAGCUGGUGGUGACUGCGUCCCUCUGUACAUGCAACUUGGAAACUUUUGUCUUUGGGGCUAGGCAGCUCCCUGCCCUCCGUGUGUCUGUUUUCUGGGGGAGAGGAAUGUGGAAGGGUGGGGGAAGAGCUCCAGCCUGUUUGCUCCCCAGCUCUGUAGUGGCAGACCAGCGUCACCUUCGAAGUAUACAUGAGAGAAAUAUAUUUACAAAUGCUUUAUUCUCUUCUUUAAUAAAAAAUGCACCAGUAUUCUAAAAGCA